CCCUUCCAAGGCAGGAUGUUCUGUGAUUCGAGCUCUUUGGUUAAGCCUUCCUCUGCCCAUGAAGAGCUGGCAAAGCUGUUGGGGGUGGGGCAGACAGCUGUUGGUGCUGUCUCUAGGACACAACAAUGGCAGGCCUAACAUUCCAUCCCUGGAGACGCUCCAAGAGGAGCAUCCAGACCUGUGUCCAGUCAACAGAAGCGACCGGCCACCGAGCGUGACUGACCAUGGCCCUGUCAGCUCUGUGGCGCCGCUCUGUGAGCUGGAGAUCAGCCCUGACCCGGCUGGUGCAGCUCUUCUGCUCCCCCCAAAGCUCCGGCACCAAAGGCUCAGCCAACCUGCCUCCACCAGCCCCACUGGCAAGCAGCCCUGGUGCUGCUGUUCCCUCCAGUACUGCCCAGGGGGGGCCCCAGGGCAGUGGGAAGCCGCUGGCUGGGGCAGACCAACGUGCCCCCCAGGGUCAACUGCAGCCCUACGACCAUCAGGGGAGAGCAGUGGCCCCGGUCCCACCAGCGCGGCACAGCCCUGCCAGCUCAGCCAACCCCUCCGGGACACCCCUGGGCAGUGGCAGCCCCCCAGACAGGAGCACCCCCAUGGAUGUGGACGUCACCCCGGCACUUAACAUCAGCCUGGCCAGUGACGUCUCCAUGGAGGAGGACGCCCCCCGCGGCUGCGACCUCUCGCUGGCCACCGACGUCUCCAUGGAGGAGGACACCGCCCGCGGCUGCGGCUGCGACCUGGCUCGCUGCCCACCGACGUCUCCAUGGAGGAGGACGCCCCCCGAGGCUGCGACCUCUCGCUGGCCAGUGAUGUCGCCAUGGAGGAGGACACCUCCCCGCCCAGGCACACCACCGCCAGCCCCUCAGCCGCACUCCAGCUCCAAGCCAUCAGGGAGCCUGGGGUGA